GUUCAAACAACCAUCAUAAUGUUCAGGAACAUGGAUGUCGCUGAUGAGUGGUGGCGAACAGUCUCGAUUGACAGUCAGUACCGCGACAUUGAACGGACGAGCCCUUGCUACUAUACGCAUAUUCACACCGCAAGGCCCAACGAGUGUGCAGCAUACUCAAUAAACGAAUCAAUCGAGUCCACCAACAUCGGGGCGGUGGUAUUGCACGCUGUAGGCCACGGCGCGAACGAGAGCCUUUUGCGUCGCACUACCAUUCCCCCACAAAAUGUAACCGAUCAUAUCAGUGGAAACAAUUUCUUCAUACGCUCUAAAGCAGAUCCGCGCGAUUUCUGGCACGUACCUCGCAGAGGCAGAGGCGCUGGCACACUCAUCGUCUCGCGCACGGAUCGCACGCGUUUCCGCGUUACAGCCAGAGACGCACCUGCACCGCUCAAUGGCGGGUCCACUAUCAUGAUCGGCUCUGACUCCGUCGAGAUUUCAGAGGCGAGGACAGGGCGUGUGGUUGGGAUUGAUUCCGGCGGAUACCUCGCGCUUGGAGAAGCUAUAGGUUACAUAAGAGGGUCGAUGACUGAGCUUGUGGUAGAAGAGCGCGGCUCGGACACAGCGGCGGCGCCUACAACCGAGGUAACUCAGGAAGGUGACCAGGAAAACGCGACGCAGAUAUUCUUUGGGGAUCUUAAGAACAGGUUCGCAGUUUCGCCAGAGGAUGACUCUAGUACCUCGGCGCCAGCGACGAGGCGACUGGAUAUUGGUGAUGGAGAAGAGUGGGAGCUUGUGUAGGUAGACUAGGGUUCUCAGCAUCAUCGUGGCUCAAGCGCUCAUCGAUGCAUCGGAGCGCAUCGAGAGGUAUGGGAAAGAAACGUGUAGUUUCUCAAGAUAUCUUCUGUAAAUGUGUAGAAUACUCAUCAUCGAUUGAGAUGCCAUUAAUGAUGGUUCCAUG